UCUUCCAUUCCAAUCGCUCAUUCUCUCCGUAUACAAGAAAGAGAAAACUCUUGAGAAAAAAAUAUUCUCCAAGAAAACGAAAGAAGAAGAAACCGGCAGAUAGGAUAAAGCCAAAAUUUCUCUCUGGUUUCGGUUGAAAAAAGAAGGAAAAUGAAGAGCUGUGAGCUCUGUGAUUUGGCGGCAAGGACGUAUUGUGAGUCGGACCAAGCGAGUCUGUGCUGGGACUGUGAUGCUAAAGUGCACGGAGCCAACUUUCUCGUGGCGAGGCACGUGAGGUGUCUUCUCUGUCACGCGUGCCAGUCUCUCACGCCGUGGAGAGCCGCUGGUACCCGGCUCGGUCACACGGUGUCAGCCUGUGAGAGAUGCGUCAACGGCCGCGAUCGAGAAGACAGCGAAGCGGAAAAUGAAGAAGACGGUGUGUCUGAUGAUGAGGCGGAGGAGGACGGGGAUAAUCAGGUGGUGCCGUGGUCCGCAAAUACGCCUCCGCCGCCUUCGAGUUCAUCUAGUAGCGAUGAAUAUUCUGAUGGCGAAAGAGAGGUCUGUAAAUCAACAAAUUUGUUUCCGUUGAAAAGAUCGAGAGAAAAUGCUUCAGAUCUACGUUAUAAGGACGAUCUGGAUCCAUUAUCUCCUAAACGGAGGUACGGUUACCGUUCUAUUUUGACGACUCCGUGCGGAGCAGAGGACGAUGCCGUUUCUGUUGAUUCUAUAAGGGUGUUAAAAGAACAGUCGAUCAAACAGGAGGAGGCCGUUCAGUUGCAGUCUGAAUCGAGUGAUUCGGUAGGCACGGCGAAUUCAUAGUCAUUAAGGAAAAGGAAAACAAAAAAUAGGCCCUCGUAAAAUCCGGUAAAAUAUCUUUAAUCAGUUAGUGAUAGUAAUUGCUUGGCUGUUUGAUUAAGUUGGUUUGGCUAGAGAUUUCUGAUGAUCUAACCUAUUAUAACGAUAGUCCAUGAUUAUUGAUCUUUUAUGGGUUUUGUUAACCCUCUUUUAAUACUUAGUUUGUGUGCUGAUUACUUGAG